AAGAUAGAAAGAAGGGGAAGAGGGACCACAAGGGAGAGAGGAACAAAAAGAGCGGGAUUAAGAAACAACACAAACAAAUCCCCCACUGUCGCCCUCUUAUCACAGUGCUUUCUGGCAGUCAGCAGUCCAGGCUCGCUGCUGUUGCUGCUGCCUCUGUACUGUCCAGCACACACAGUGCUCCUGCGAUCACCUGACAGUCUCAUGUUGUUGUGUGAAUUUAGUUCACCGCUAUUCUUAGACCCUGCUUUGGCUGAGAGAGGAGAGAAGAGAGGAAUAGAGAGAGAGGGAGAGGGCUGGGGAAAGACUGGCAGACUCGCAAUGAUGCCCAGCUGGCCGCUUCCCCAGCUGGAGCCCAGUCAGAUCAGGCUGAUAGUGUACCAAGACUGCGAGAGGCGCGGCAGAAAUGUCCUCUUCGACUCCAAUGCCAAAAAGAGGGGCACAGAGGAAACCCCCAUCACCAGUACGGAGGGCCAGGUGAAGAUGUUUGGGAAAUGCUGCCAACUCCGUCCCACAGGUGGCAGCAGCAGUUCCCUGGACAGCUCCUCCUCUUGCACCUCUGAAACCAGGGAAACCAAGGAGCAGGGUCUCCGCUUCCAGGGUUCGAGGUGUUCGUCCGAUGUGGUAAUGCUGGGGGAAAUGAUGUUUGGCUCUGUGGCCAUGAGCUAUAAAGGCUCCACGCUAAAAAUCCACCAGAUCAGAUCACCACCUCAGCUGAUGCUGAGUAAGGUCUUCACAGCCAGGACUGGGGGGAGUGUGUACGGCAGCCUCAACACGUUACAGGACAGUCUGGAGUUCAUUGGACAGGACAGCAACACCCUAAAGCCUGAUCAAAACACCGGGCCCAGCAGUCUCUUAGGGAACAUAGGAUUUUCUCAGCUCUGCAGCCCUCGCCGGGCCUUCUCUGAACAGGGCCCUCUGCGCCUCAUCAAGAGCGCAUCUUUUUUUUCAGGCCACAGUCACCCAAUGGACAUGCCUGGCCGAGGGCUGUACGAUGAGAGGGACAGUGGUAUCGCCAGAUCAGCUUCUCUGAGCAGCCUGUUGAUCACUCCCUUCCCGUCCCCUGGCUCCUCCUUGACCAGCAGCUGUGCGUCCAGCUACCAGCGCCGAUGGCUCCGCAGCCAAACCACCAGCCUGGAGAAUGGUGUUUUCCCCCGAUGGUCAGUGGAGGAGAGCUUCAACAUGUCUGAUGAAAGCGGGGGACCGAGCCUUGGCGUAGCUCGUAAGAAGAAGAUCGCCAUCGGGGUCAUCUUCAUGCUGUCCCCAAAUCCUGAGGAGAACAACCGCUUCCAGGAUUUCUUUUUCUCCCACUUCCCUCUCUUUGAAAGCCACAUGAACAAACUCAAGAGCGCCAUUGAACAGGCCAUGAAGAUGAGUCGGCGGUCAGCUGAUGCCAGCCAGAGGGCCUUGGCUUACAGUCGAAUGGUGGAUGGGCUCAACGAGUUCAGGAUGACCAUCUGUGACCUCUACACCAUGCCCCGGGUGGCCGAGCCCGUCUGGUUGACCAUGAUGUCUGGAGCGUCGGAGAAGAACCAGCUCUGUGGUCAAUUCAUGAGGGAGCUCUCCCUGCUGAUGGAGCAGGCCUCCAAGAACCAAUUUCUCCCUGCCUUAUUGACAGCCAUCCUGACCAAUCACCUGGCCUGGGUCCCCACCGUCAUGCCCAAUGGGCAGCCUCCAAUUAAGAUCUUCCUCGAGAAACACUCCUCCCAGAGUGUUGACAUGCUGGCAAAGACGCACCCCUAUAACCCACUCUGGGCACAGCUAGGAGACCUGUAUGGGGCCAUUGGGUCACCAGUGCGACUGUCGAGGACAGUGGUAGUGGGCCGCAGACAAGAACUAGUCCAGAGGCUCCUCUAUGUCCUCACCUACUUCAUCCGCUGCUCUGAGCUGCUGGAGACCCACAUGCUGGACAGUGCUGAGGAUGAGGCCAUCGUCAUGCCCGGUUCCCUCAUCACCACCUCUCUGAGGAAAGGUGAGGUGGAGGAGUCGGACUACGUCCUAGUUACUGUCCAUAAACCCAGCGGGGACUACUUGUCCCAAGGGGCCCAUGCCCAACAGGCUGAGGCAGAGGACAGUAGUUACCCUUCAGACAACAGCCUCCAGAGCAGCACAUAUACAGACGCUGAGGUGGAGCACGGUGCCGGGGAUACGCCCAAGGAGGAAGAUGAGGAUGAAGAAGACGAGGAGGACAGCAGUGAGAGUCAAGGGUCCAGGAGCAGUGUGCUUCAGACGGGACACAGUCAGACCAUAAUUCCCGUCAUCAGGACUGCAGAAGCAGCUGAACCUGGGGAGCUACACAGGGAGUCCAGCAGCCCGCUGGGCACAGAGCCCCGACUGGAAACAGUGCUGCGCGUCGGCUCGGCCUCCCCUAGGGAGCAGGUCUGUGUGGUGGAUACAGAGACCAAGGGUGACCUGAAACUUAUUGUUCCAUCCAUACCCACAACACUUGCAUCAAGUCCAUCUCCACCUCCUACCACGGAGUGUAAAAAUUCUGGGGCGGAGGCAGGGUUGGAUGCAGGGAUGGGCAACCAGGCCACCAAAGUGCUGGCUUCCCGGCCUUUGGGAAACCCUCUAGAGAAGAAGCCUCCGGAUAAGAACCUGCCUGCUGCAAUGCCAGUGCCAGUGAUACCAGGAAACACCAUGAUGGGGCCCAUGGCUUUGACUCUAACAGAAGAGGAGGAGCCAGCAACAAAAGUCACUUUCCUCAUUGGAGACUCCAUGUCUCCGGAGUCAGACACAGAGAGCCGCAGAAGGAGGGUGGAGGAGGAGUUCAAAAAGCACAAGAAACACCUCAAGGACAAACCUCACCAGCAGGCACUGCUGCAUCAGCAACUACAACAUCAUCAAGGACAACAUUAUCAACAGCAACCACAGCAGCUGCAGAGAGGAGCAGAUUCAAAGACCAGCAACAGCAGUGCAUCAGAGGACCAAACCAAACAGACCAAGGUGGCUCCAGCCCUGCAGCGGGUGUCCAGUAAGAUGCCCCACUGGACCCAAAACUGUAUGGAUCAUUUUGAUGAGUAUUUCAGCCCAGAGAACCCCGUGGAGACAAGGACAAUAGACGAUGUGGCCGAACGACAGGAGGCCAACACCACAGACAGUAUGCACAAAGACUUGCUGGACCCCUCGGGAGUCCCCCUGGGCACCUUGGAAGGUCACAGCUUUCAGAGUGCAGUCGGGAGUCCGGGUUUGGGUCUCUGUUUAGGUUCAGGUAGUGGAGAGGUGGGGUCCAGCAGGAUGGGAAACACUUUGUUGGAUGUCCAGAGGAGAUGCAGGUGUGAGUCCACAGACUCCUGCGACACCUGCUGCUGUAGGAGCUGUUCUGCUGAGCAGGACAAGGGUCUCAUGUUGUCAGUCCCCGUCCCCCAGGAUGGAAGCAGCAACAGCAAAGAGGACCAAAAGCGCAAGGCGGUUCCUGUCAACGACUUUGAGAUACCACGCAACGAGAGCUCAGACAGCGCGUUGGGAGACAGUGAGAGCGAGGAGACAGAAGACUGGCAGGAGGAAGUGCUGGUGCCCUUCCCUGGGUCAAAGUUGGUGGAGAACUUCUCAAAGCCAAGCAUAGCCAAUUUUGGCCGGUCUCUGUUUGGAGGCUACUGCCCCACCUAUGUGCCAGACUUUGUACUGCAUGGGAUGCCCAGCGACGAGAAGCUACGGCAGAGCCUCAUGGCUGAACUAACCCAUGCUGUUCAGCAUCCAGUAUUGGAUGAGCCCAUAGCAGAGGCUGUCUGCAUUGUAGCAGACACAGACAAGUGGACAGUGCAGGUGGCCAGCAGUCAGAGACGAGCCACAGACGUCAACAAGCUGGGGAAGGAAGUCCUGGUGUCCAGCCUGGUUUCCAGCUUAUUGCAGUCCACUCACCAGCUCUACAAACUCAACCUCUCACCCAAUUUUUGUAUUAUGCACCUUGAGGACCGCCUGCAGGAAAUCUACUUCAAGAGUAAGAUGCUUGCUGAGUAUUUGAAGGGCCAGACAAGAGUCCAUGUGAAAGAGCUUGGCAUGGUCUUAGGAAUUGAGUCCAGUGACCUUCCCCUGUUAGCCGCAGUGGCCAGCACUCACUCCCCCUACGUGGCUCAGAUCCUGCUAUGAGACUGUGAAGACACAAAGGUCCCCAAGCAGCCUGAGGAAACCAGUCAGACCCAGGUGGUGGUGGUGGUGUUGUUGCUGGUGCAUCUCUGGUCCUCCGAAAACGGCCCGUCCAUGCUCUACAGCUGACCCCCUCACCUCCCACCACCCCACACACACAGUAUGUCCUGUGCACCCUGGGCUCAGUGGGAUCUUUGCCCUGUUCCCUGAGGGGUGCGUGACUUUUACGGACCACAGCCAGCCCCCCCCUCACUACCACUGCUCCUGAAUUUGGUGCAAUACCCAUGUUGCACCACAGGGGGGGGGGCUAGAGACCACAGUCCAAUAGUUGGGAAUGAGGCUCUGUGGAUGACUGAAGCAUCCCUGAAAUGACCUUCUCCUGUUGAUUGAAUGUUUCUUUUAAAACAGGACUCUUUUAUUUUUAAUUUUUUGGACACAAAAGCCAAAGACUUUAUUCAUUUUCCCAGUUGAGAAUGAAACUUUAGAUAUCUACAGCACAUUAACAAUGAAUUUUGUUUCUUCAACUGCUUUUUUUUUUUUUUUGUUUUUUUUUUUUUGUUUGUUUGUUUGUUUGUUUUCUGUACAAUCUUAAACCCAGUCGUGCAAAGUGACGGACUACAUGUUUAAAGGAAACAGUUGGAUAUUUUUAAACUUUUGAGGUAAAUAUCAUUGAGAACAUCAUCAAUCUCAUGCCAAUUAUGUUAUGUUGUUUAUCUUCAUGUUUUUGUUUACAAGCCAAAUUUCCCUGAGGUAUCUCAACAAAUCUGACAAAUUUAAAACAAAUUUCUGUCAAAUUGCAAUGCACACCUGACCUUAAAGCCUUUUUUUUUUGGCAGAGGUGGUAAUCGAUGCACACCGUGAUUUUUAGUUCUACAAACUGGUUUUGAAAUGGCUAAAAGUGGCUUUGACAUUCUUAUCAUAGGUACAGCACUACCUCAGAUCUUCAUAUGGGCAGUGGGUGACACACUCAUUUCCAGCUGCCCCAUAGAAAACCCUGAGGUAAACUUUUUAAGCUAUUUUAAUCAGAGGAAUGUCAGCGUAAACUGUGUGCAGACUCUUAUGCUGUGUUCUUUGAAAAAAAGGGAAGGCUGUUUAAUUCUUUAGGAUGAUCGUUACAAAAGAAAAUGGAAGAAAAACAUAUUUUUUUGCGUCAGAAUGUGAUCAAGAAGGGUUCCUUUCUACUGUGGAAAAGCUAAAACAUACACCAUCUAUGUAUAUUUUAAAACUAAAUGCUGAAAUAUUUUCACACUUUUAUAGCUUCGCCACCUUUGUACGAUGUUUACGGCUUUGAUGUUUGCUGCAGAGAGAGGAGAGAGGAGGAACACAGUAAGCCUUAUAGUGGAUAUGUAUGUAUCAGUUAACACUACUGUAUUUUCAGACAUGUUUCUAUGACAGUUAUACUCGCAAACACACACAACAUACAAAACUAUAGUAGCACACUUUUAGCUUUUUUUCCUUUUAAUUUUCCACGACAUUGACAGAUAAAUGAUUUUGGCUGUUAAGCCAUUAACCCAGGGUGUGAUUUGCCGCAGUGUAGAAGUGAGCUUGUGCUUUGUAUUCAGAUUCUCUCCAGGGCAUAAAGUGUAACCUGCAGGGGGGGCAAUAGGGCAUUAUUUUGUUAUUCUCAGUAUUAUUAUUUUUUGUCAUCUGUUGACAGCAUUGGAAAUGAAUCCAUAUUUUCCUAAUUUGAUUGCACACAAAUUGGAUUAUUUAUAAUAAUGAGCAGAGAGAACUCCUGAGUUUCACAGAUAAACUCAUGUCCAUAUUGUGCUUUACCACAGCACCUCUGUGCUACCAUUUAAGAUGACAAAUCCCCAGUUUCUACAAAUGCUACUUAAAGAUUGAAAUGUGGCCCAGGUUUGUGUGCUUGUAACACACAAACUUGUUUAUGGGCUUUAUGUUCUAGUUGUAGUGUUGACAAUGGCUUCUGUUGCCUGAAGAAGCAGGAAUAACUGGCAGUGUAACCCUAAGAACUGGACAGUGUUUGUUUCUACAAGGUCAAAUCGCACCCUGAACAACCCAAGUCUUAAUGGAGAAGUGGCAUGAAGGAAUCGCAGACUUCUGGAGAGCUCAUUUUUGCUGGUAAAAUUGAUAUAUACAUGCUUGUUACUGUAUUGAAGAUGCUCAGCUAUAUCAGCCUACAUUUUGUACAACCCAGCCAUUAUGUUUAAAAGGUAUGAAUUUAUAUCUGCUUUUCUCCCUUUUUGUAUAUGAAUAAAUUAUUUAGUUGCUCUCGGUAUGUGUAACGGUUCGUGUAAACUGUACAUACUCAGUUUAUUUCAUUGUAUUUGUACAGAACAUCUUUUAAGAAUUGUCUCCUCAAAUUAUUUUUUCCCAAUUUUAUGGGAAUGUUGUGCAAUAAAGAUGCCGAUGUUGAGAA